AUGAGGACUCGGAGAUCAAAUAAGGGGAAACGUUUCCGACCGUCAGAUAUCAUUCCGAAGAUCGAUUCUGACGAUGAUGACUAUGCAUCUGCUGGGUCAGCCGAAAACCCCGAUGAUUCCUCGGACGAAGGAUUCGUAGCCGAUCCAGCAGACGCGGACGCCGAAGUCGAGCAAGAUGAGGAUGCUGAGAUCAAGUCGGCAUCUGAUAUCGAGGUCUCAUUGGGACGAGGCAAGCCGACUCAAACACCAGGAGAAUCGGUUUACCAGACGAAGCGCAGGUUCCGCGACCCGCGACCAGAAGCACCUGCCGGAACUGUCCAGCCAUACCCAACGGAUCCCGCAGCAAAAUGGACUCGAACCUACAUUGGCCCGGUUCACAGAUGGACGCGUCUCCACGAUUUGAGUCAGUACUGGUUCGGUGAUCGGGAGGACCAUGACGACAUCAUCUAUUACCUUAUUUCCAUUUGGGAAAACCACGAGCUUCUGCCGCCUAAGCUCGUAGCCCCUGAGCAAAAAGACAGGGCACAGAAUCCGUGGAUGCAUCCAGGAUUUCCAGUCGAACAGGAGAUCAAGUUCAAGCAAUGUUACGAGAAGUAUGUUGCAAACUGUGUCAGGCCCCAAGUCUCAGCCACCGUGCCGAAGAUGACGGCGUUACGGUGGUAUCUGCCCCAGAGUGAGUCGGAUCUCACUGUACUCCUCGGGCCGUACAACAAUCAGAAGGAGUACACUCUUUCACAGGGAAAGAACAUUCCACUCGGAGAGAACGCUCUCCCCGUCGAAGAAAACGACAAUACCGACGGCCAGCGCACCGGGUGGCUCUUGGACGUUGGAGGAAUCGUCUUGUCGAUGGGGUGGGCACCCACGACAAAUAACAUGCAUCAACUCCUGGCCAUGGCGGUAGUCCCAUUCUCAGACCAGGCGUACUACGAAACUCCAGAGGAGGCACCAACCGAGACGAGUAAGAAACAGGGGAGUGUACAGAUCUGGAGAAUACCAGCCGACACAGAUGCCCAGGGCCUCAUGUGUCUCGCCAAGUCUGAGCCCACACUGGUGUCAGCUCUCUGCUUUGAAUGGGGUAGACCACUUAGGAUGCUGUGGUGCCCCGUUCCACUCACAGUCGAAGACCGCGUUGGUCUGUUAGCUGUGCUCGGCAGUGACGGUAAGAUCAGAGUAAUAGAGGUGAAACAACCACCGAUGAAGGGCGAUAAGGGCGUGUUCGAGGAAAUACAGGCGCCACUCGCAACACUCGAAAUAAAGGAUGAGUACAGCGUCGAGGCAACCUGCUUUGCCUGGGUCAAUACAAACCGCAUCGCAGUGGGUCACUCUGAUGGUUCGGUGGCAGUUUGGUCGAUAUUCCCAUGUCGCAUACUUCAACGUCAUCCCGUGCAUUCGACUUAUAUCAUCGACAUCGCCUCUGGCUACCCGUCCCAUCCCUUCAUUGUCGCAACCAUUCCCACGGGAGGCGUCGCUACCGUGACCGACCUCAACCGGCCCAAUAUGGAGCUCACCUAUUGUCCCAACCUCGGCAUCACGUUCCAAUCCAAUCUGAUGGGCUGGUGCGAGCACCUCCGAGGCUACGUCACUAUAAUGCCCUCGUCCCAUCCAGGCAAUAACCUCAUUGCUUUUAUGGCGGUCCGCGUCUUCCCGCAGGCACGCUUGCUUGUCUGUGUUGAAGGCCAGCCCACGUGUCUCGCUGUGGCUGCGUGCAAUCCAUUCACCUUGGUUGGCAGUACCGAUGGGUCGUUGUGGAUUGUCAAUCAUUUCCGUAAAACAACUUACUACCGGAAGAAGGUCAACAAGAUCAAGCUCUUUCAGCACGAGUACCGCAGCUUGUCGUCCUCAGAGGCUAAAGCCGACGAGGAUGAACAGGAAGGCCCUCGUGGGGUCUCUCGCAUCUUGCAGGGCUUCCUCCCAGAGCCAAACUCUCACCCGAAAGCCACCAGGAUCGCGAAGAAGAAGAUGGAGGAACGGGAAAAGAAGAAUCCCGGCAAGUCUGGAAAGGCUGGCAAGAAGGGCAAAGGCAAGACGUCUCAGAAGCAGGCUACAGACGAUAAGACCAAGCCUGCCGAUUCUGGGGAUGACGACGAUGUGGGCGGCGAUGUAACCGUUUACGACCCUUGGACGCGUAUCACGGCGGUUGCAUGGAACCCAAACAUCCAGUUCAGCACAUGGGCAGCGGCAGCGAUGGGAUCCGGUCUACUCAGGAUCAUGGAUCUCGGUGUGGACAUUGACUUGGCCCACGGAGAGAGGACCGAGCCCAAGAGGCGCGGCAGGCCUUCGAGAGACAACGCCAGUUCGAGCGAGGAAGUCGAGGCGGAGACCGACAACGAGACUAGCGAGGAGGAAGGCAUGUUCACUGGCGGAACCGAUGACGACUGA